UUAUUCGCGCUGCUGGACUACCUAUAAGGGCGAUUCUGGGAAACUGCCUGCAGAGCUGUACGCAUUAUUCGCGGCUAUGCAUGAACGGAUCGAAGGGCUUCCACUUUCCACCCUGCAGCUUGCAUCCCAUAACCAGAUGCAUCGGAUUCUCAUAUAUGCGUAUGGUUUUGUGAACUACGCCCUGGAAUUGCUGGUAGUGAAGACAUUCGACACCGAAACAUGGGAGAUUAUAAAGAAGGACGCCGCCGUCAAUAUGGAGGGCCAGUUUUUGGUACGGCAGAUUUACGACGACGAGAUUACGUACAAUCUGAUAGCAGCCGCGGUCAACCGCCUCAACAUCCCGGCUAACGAAAUACUCGAACUAUUCGGUAAAAUGUUCUUCGAAUUCUGCCAGGAUUCCGGGUACGACAAAAUUCUACAAGUACUUGGCGCUACGCCGAGGGAUUUUUUACAGAAUUUGGACGCCCUCCACGACCACUUGGGCACGUUGUACCCCGGAAUGAGGGCGCCUUCUUUCCGCUGCACGGAGAGGCCUGAGGACGGGGCUCUUAUCCUGCACUACUACUCGGACAGGCCUGGACUCGAGCACAUCGUCAUCGGUAUAGUCAAGACCGUGGCGAAGAAGCUGCACGGAACGGACGUCGACAUGCGGAUACUGAAGACGAAGAACGAGUGCGAUCACGUCCAGUUUCUUAUAACGGAUUCCUCGACCCCGGGUGUCGUCUCGAAGCCGAUGAUCGCCGAACUGCAAACUUUGUCCCGCGAGCCCAGGGUUAGUCCGGCUACUUUUUGCCGGGUAUUUCCCUUUCAUCUAAUGUUCAACAGACAACUGACGAUCGUGCAGACCGGCAGCACGAUCACCCGGGUCAUCCCCCAGGUUUCGACCGGUAAUUGCAAGCUGAACGACAUCCUGCUCACCGUCCGGCCCCACCUCGAGCUGACUUUUGAAAAUAUAUUAUCGCACAUCAACACGGUGUACGUCUUGCGAACGAAAACUGGCGUGAUGAAGGUCGAGGCUGCCGAGGAAUUCUCGAACAUGCGUCUUAAAGGCCAGAUGCUUUACAUCCCGGAAGCGGAUCUGGUAACUUUCUUGUGCUACCCGAGCGUGAUGAAUCUCGACGAUUUGACCAGGCGCGGACUCUAUCUCAGCGACAUUCCCCUUCACGAUGCGACCCGGGAUCUCGUCCUGAUGUCCGAGCAGUUCGAGGCCGACUACAAGCUCACCAGGAACCUCGAACUACUGACGGACAAGCUUCAGCAGACCUACCGCGAGCUGGACGGCGAGAAGCAGAAGACCGACAGGCUCCUCUACUCCGUACUUCCGAUAUCGGUGGCGAGCGAAUUGCGCCACUCGCGACCAGUUCCGGCGAAAAAAUACGACUGCGUGACGCUACUGUUCUCAGGAAUCGUUGGGUUCGGUGCCUACUGCGCUGCCCACACGGAUUCCAGCGGCGCGAUGAAGAUCGUCAACAUGCUGAACCAACUCUACAUCGCCUUCGACGUGCUCACGGACCCGAAGAAGAACCCAAACGUCUACAAGGUGGAGACUGUCGGUGACAAGUAUAUGGCAGUCAGUGGUUUGCCAGAGCCAUGUCGAAGCCACGCUCGCUGCAUCGCCAGGCUGGCCCUGGACAUGAUGGAUCUGGCAGCGGACGAAGUUCAAAUCGACGGGGAGCCGGUGAAAAUUACAAUUGGGAUUCACAGCGGGGAAGUCGUCACUGGUGUAAUUGGGCAUCGAAUGCCGAGGUACUGUCUCUUCGGUAAUACCGUUAACCUGACCAGUCGGACCGAGACUACUGGGGAACCGGGAAAAAUCAACGUGUCGGAGGAUGCAUACAGAUACCUUUGCAUGCCGGAGAACCAGGACCCGCAAUUUCUUUUGGAAUACCGUGGGCCAGUCACCAUGAAGGGGAAGUCGGAGCCAAUGAACGUCUGGUUUCUCACCAGAGAAAGGGAGCUCGCUGCAAUGGACGAGGUGAACGGAAUGACCGUCUCUCCGGCACUGCCACCCAAGGAACGGAGCUGCAAGGUAACCGGGCAAGAUGCGCGCCAGACGACAAUCUCGAUCCAGACUAUCCAGAGCCUCUCCCUCCCCGUGGUGCCGGUCGGCGGCGGUCCGACUUCCGAGGCCGGAGCAACGGUAUUUGUCGGUGGCACAGUGCCACCAACCUCGGCAUCGUCGGCCUGGCGAGUACCGGUGGUGCAGAAGUCGAACGGUUAUCAGUCGCUCCAGCAACACUCCUCGCAGCACCAUCAGCAGUCCUCCCAGCCUGCCCACGUUGUCAAGAUCCGUAUAAACCCGGACGACUCGGCUGGCAAGGUCGUCUCUACGGUGCGGGUCACUCUGGACGACGAGAAGGUGUACGAAAACGGUAGCGGAAGCGGUAACAAGAACAACAACAACAACAACAACGAAAAGCACAACAACCACAACAACAACAACAACAACAACGAAGGGGAGGAGGAGGAGGAGGCGGAAGGGAAGGACAGCGACAAGAGUAAAAACAACAAGAAUACAAACAAUACGAUACACAACGCGGACGGCGCGAAGGUGCAGAGUGCGGGUGGCGUGGUGAACGGUAUCGCGAGUGACCGUGGUUGUGUCCGAAUAAGUGUCGGUAGCAACGAGGCGGACAUUAAUCGGGAGGACAUGAUAGUACAGCGCGAAGUUCCUGGCGCGUUGAGCUCAUCGGCCGGGAACAGAUCCAGUUCCUGUUUCUACUACAGUACGUUUCAGGGCUCGAUUGGGACGAUGGUGAUGUCAAGCGGACAGUGCUCGCCGAGUGAUACCUUGGACAGCGGGACCUGCAGCGAUCUUGACGGAACGCCGCCGCCCUUGCCGAAGAAGAAGAACGCGAGCACCGUUAUCCUGGGAAGCGGGCAGCACAACAGGACCGGGAGCCUGACCAGCAGCGGGGCCGAGAUCGACAGCGAUGACAACGAGAGCAACGUCAGCUGCGAUUCGCUGAACAGCAGCGAGAUGAACGCGGGCGCCGACGAGCUCGGUAGCAAACCGAAGGAGCCCGACGAAGCUCGCAAUCUCGCCGUCAAGGCGGCACCGAUAUCCGUCAAACCGCCGGAGCCCACGUCGCCCGAUAACGACGCUGCUCUCAGUCAAAAAUCGAGCCUCGACCGCGCUCCGUCACCCGCGACAUCGUCGAUCGGGACCGGCUCCGUCUCCUCGAAGACGUCGAGCACCCCUCGCGUACGGAGCCCCGACGGCCAAGAGCCGAUCCGGCGCUCACCGCCGGUGGUCAAGGAGUGCGCCUACGAGGACAAGAAGAUGGAACGCAUGCGAAUGCAGGACGAAACUGCCGCGGCCGAGUUCUACGCCAACUUCAACCGCGGGAACGGGACCAAGUACCUCUACGACGACGACAGGUUCUACAAGUUCCACGUAAGCGAGAACCUCGAGGAGGCCAGGGACGUCGCCGCGGCCGCUGCCGCUGCCCUCGCCGACCCCGGGAGCGACGAGUUCUUCGCCGGGUACAAGAUGCUCGACCGCGAGGCCAUCCGCAGCGCGCGAGGCACCGUUCGGGGCGUCAAGAACAGGGUGCGAGCCGGCAUCGCGACCUUCCUCCAGCAGCCAGCUACCAAGAAUUACAAAUUGAAGGACGCCGGGAAGGUUGUCGUCUACACGACGACAAUGGGGAUCGUAAGAGAGACCUACUACGCUUGUACAAAGGUCAAACAGAUACUCAGGACACACAUGGUUAAGUACGAGGAUCGUGACAUGUUCAUGAGCACCGAGUACCAGAAGGAACUUCGCGACCGGAUCCAGUCCACGACCAUUCAGGUCCCCCAGCUAUUCAUAGACGGGCAGUAUAUCGGGGAUGCUGAAGUGGUUGAGAGGCUGAACGAGUCCGGAGAAUUGCGACGCAUGCUGAAGCCGUACAAGAGUCCGGACGCGUGCACAACUUGCCAGAUCUGCGGUGGGUAUCGUUUGCUUCCCUGCUCGGUCUGCAACGGCAGCAAAAAGUCGGUGCACCGCAACGACUUCACGACGGAGUUCGUCGCGCUGAAAUGCAUGAACUGCGACGAAGUUGGCCUCGUACGGUGCCAGCAUUGCUGACCAUAUGGAUAACGUACCUAUGAUCCUGCUCAACUCGAAUCAACUCAACGCUACCUUACAACUCACCUUCGCCCUAACGAUUACAAAUUGCAGGGACGUUAACUUAUACAUAGAGAGACACGCGUCGCACGCACAUCAUAUAUAUGUAUGUAUAUAUAUAUAUAUAUAUAUAUAUAUAUAUAUAUAUAUAUAUACGUAUGUAUAUGUGUGUAUAUGUAUGUAAAAAUGUUGUACGCAGCGAUCAAGCUGUAGACGUUACGGUAUUUAUAAGAUUAUGCAUGUAUGUAGGUAUACAUAUAUUAUAUAUAAAUAUAAACAUAAAUAUAAAUAUAAAUAUGUGAAAGUGCUAUACGUGUAAGAGCUAUAUAAAGUUAUAUUAUAAUAACGACAGAGUAAUUUCUAUUAUUUUUUUCUUCUUCUUUUUCGUUCUAAUUGAAGAAAAAACACUUGUAGGUGAAUUAAAUAUCGUAACUAACGCAUAUCGUACUCGGAAAAUAGUGACUAAUUAACGGUAGGGACGAGGUCCGCGCCAGUCGUUAAUUAGCUGAUAUAUGUAUGACCUACCUAUGAUCGGUAAUCAAUUGCGUGAACAUGCUCGUGCCGUGGUGCGUUUGAAAAUAAGAUAAACUAAACUAAAAUACACUGUAUAAAUAUAUUAUAUUAUAUAUAUAUACACACACACAUAUAUAUACGUAUAAUUUAAUUAUAUGCGUAUAAUCGAUGUAUCAA